AUGUCGGCAUAUUCUUGGUUCACCUUGCUGCUGGCAGUGCUAGUCGCACGUCACGCUGCAGCGCUGCCUCUGGAUGCCCUCACUUCGAGAGACUCUUCGGCAUGCAGCUCGCUUGCUCAGAGAGUCAACUGGAACACGCUGUCCUCGGCGCAGAAGAACGCUUACUUUGAUGCCGUCAAGUGCCUCAAAACAAAGCCGUCCCAGACCAGCUUUGAGGCGUCCAAGAACCUGUAUGACGACUUCCCCUCGAUUCACAUCCAGCAGGAUCACCACAUUCACGGCGUUGCCGCCUUCUUGCCUUGGCAUCGUCGAUACGUCCAAGCGCGCGAGAGAGCACUUCGCUCGUGUGGAUAUCAGGGACCCACGCCCUACUGGGACUGGACCAAAGCAGCAGACACGGGUAGCCCUCAAAAUGACCCCAUCUACUCGGUCCAGGAUGACGACAUUCUCUACGAGCCCCAUCUGCUUCGACGCAACUUCGAAGACAAUCCUUAUCUCUUCAACAACUUCAACUCAUCGUCGGUAGCCAAGGGUCAGGCUAUCUCUGCUUUUAACGACUAUCGGUACUACGUCGAGGGCGUUCCUCAUGGUGCAGUCCAUCAGUACAUUGCUGGCGAUAUGGGUCCGGCCUCUUCCCCCAACGAGCCGCUCUUCUUCCUGCAUCAUGCGGCAAUCGAUCGAAUUUGGGCACUGUGGCAGGACAUGGACCGCUCCAAGCGUUUGACCGACUAUGCCGGAAAUCUGCCUGGAGCCAGCUCGAAAGAUGGCCCAUUCGAAGCCACAAUCGAUGAUCUCCUUCCUUCCUUUGGCGGCCUCAUUGACCAAGUCCCAGUGCGCGACGUUAUGGACACAAGGGCCGGCGACCUUUGCUACGAGGUAAGCAUACCAGCACGCGACCUGUUGAUCCCCUUUUUUUGCGGCGACAGUUGA